AUGCUCACUCGCUUGGUAGUCCGCACGCCUCUGCGUUUCCUAAUAUCCAGUCUCUACCUCUCCAGCAUCCGUGCGCCAAUUUCCCAACGCACCAUGUCCACCUCCUCCGCCUUCAAACUCGACUCCUCCCUCUUCAACCGCACACUCUACGAUCGCGUAGUAUCGACAUGGUUCCCUGGUGUCGACACGAGCGGUCAAGAGCUUGACAUGAGCGUGGUGAAGCGCUGGUUCAUGGCGACCCCUGCCGAACGAGUUGCAUUCGACACACAAUGCCGCGACGCCUUUUCCCCCGCACUCGAAGCCAUUGGCCCCGAAAAAUGGCCCGACGCGACCGCGAAUCCGUUCCUGGACGAAUUGCGCCGUAUUGCUGAGCGAAAUAGGGAUGCGAAUAGCGAGGAAGCAGCGUGGGCGGCGCUCAGUAUGACGCUCCUGCUCGACCAGAUACCGCGGAAUAUAUACCGUACGAAUUCUGGGCUGCAGCUCGUGUACAACCACUACGAUCGCAUUGCGACGCAUCUAGUCCGCACCCUUUUAUCCUCCGAGUCGCCUAUCUCGCGACCGGAUUUACAUCCGCUUUUCCGUCUUUCGUCGCCGCAUAGGAUGUGGUUCUACAUGCCGCUGAUCCACUCUGAAGAUGUGGCUGAUCACGAUUUCGUAGACGGCAUUGUAUAUGAGUUGGAGAAGGAGGCGGCAAGUUUAGAGGGAUACAAAGGCACAAAAAUGUUUCUUGGAGGGUAUAACAAGUCGGCUAGGGAACAUAGAGAUAUACUGGAUAGGUUUGGCAGGUAUCCACAUCGGAAUGGGGCGUUGGGGAGGGAGAGUACGGAGGAAGAGAAGCGGUUCUUGGAAGAGGGAGGAGCUACAUUUGGGGUCGCGCAGGAGAAGAAGGAAGCUGCGUUGUAG